AUGGACAUACAUGUCGUUGACGAGCCGCCAUUUGCCAAACGCAAAGGCCUCCAAGAACAGGGCGGAGCAUGCUCGAAUCAGUGUGGGUCUUGGGACUUUUCUGUCCACCCGCAGAUCCAACAAUGUCGUAACCCAUUUGAGCUAUCUUGCUGCAAUUGCCUGCACUGCUACCUUUCACCCACAGUGCCUUUUUGGUUAAAGGAAGGAUGCAGUGCGGGAGCUUUUGCGCCAGAUUUUGCACAAGAGCUAUUUCUGUGUGCCAAUGGAUGCCCGGGGCCGAAGAAUCCAAUUCCGUACUAUGAAGCGCAGACGCCGAGCUUCGAAAACGGUAUGCUGGCGCAACUUUCUCGGUGCACCUUGGUCCACGGAGAAGAAUCGACUCAAGCCAAGGUUGCGGUGGAUGUAGUCUCAGCCUUGCAGUGCUUGCCUUUGGCCUCUUUGGUGGCUUGUGCUUUGCUCGGCGUCUGGGUGCAUCUGCUGAAGGGCGGAAGUGCUUCAGUCAUGCUGGGUGCCGUCCCCAUGGAGCUUGAGACCAUUGAAGCCAUAGAUGCAAAGGCAGCGCAGCUGCAAGACCAGAUUCGGCAUAAAAGAUUGGAGUCCUCGCCCAAGGUGACAUUCCAGCUUUGGAUGGACUUUGUUGUUUUCCUACUGGACUACCUGUCCGACUACAACUGCCUCCGAACUUUUGUCGUGGAGGGAGCCUACGGUGUGGCAGCCGUGCAGGGUGUCAUCAUCGCUGCUCCGGUAGCGUUGGACUGCUACCGUGGGAAGAUACAACUGGUGGAAGUAUUCGGGGGAUUCAUCGAGUCACGGAAGCGCGGCUUUCCCACCGACGAAUUCAUGCUGGCGCUUCGCUCGGAGAAGAGCCUGGAGGCCCCACUUUCCAUGUUCCUGCAGUUCUACACGCUGUUGCGGAGCACACGCUCCUCGUCCAUCUGGAGCCUUUGCAUCUCCAUGCCGCUGAGCAUCCUGGGCAUUGCGAAGCAUGUCUACGCAACCUUCGAGCUUCAG